AUGUCAAAGAAUAGAUUAUCAGGUGAAUUCCCGAGGUUUGGUCCCGAGUCAAACCUUGAGUUAUCUUCCAACGAGUUCUCUGGGGCUAUUCCAUCUUACUUCGGGAGUGCCAUUAGUAUGCUCUUAAUGAGUGACAACAAUUUCAGUGGCGAAUUUCCUCAGAACUUCAGAAAUCUCUCAAAUCUGAUCCGUCUUGAUCUCCAUGACAACAAAAUCUCCGGAGAUUUCGCGAGUUUAACCUCCCUGUUACCUUCCUCUCUAGAGGUUCUUAGCCUGAGAAACAAUUCCCUCAAAGGUUCAAUUCCAGAAGGCAUAUCCAAUCUCACAAGGCUUCAGGUCUUGGAUCUCUCUGAGAACAAUCUUGAUGGGUAUCUCCCUUCAUCUAUUGGGAAUCUUGCAUGCCUGAUAAUGUCUCCUGAGAGCUCAUCGUCGGUUAUGCGUCCAUGGUUACUCUUUUUUACCGACGAAGAAAGCUUUAGAGAGAUCAAAACACAAGAUAUAUUUAGUUUUGCAGUGAACUGGAAGAAAUCAAGACAAGUUCUUUUCCAUAGAAAUUUCUACCUCUAUACUCUCGUAGAUCUCUCGAUGAACAAGCUACAAGGAGAAAUCCCAGCUUCUUUAGGCAAUCUCAGAAGCCUAAACGUCUUGAACCUCUCCAACAACGAGUUCUCUGGAUCAAUCCCACAAAGUUUUGGAGAUCUUGACAAGUUAGAGAGCUUAGACCUUUCACACAACAACCUCAGUGGAGAAAUCCCCAAAACGUUAUCCAAGCUAAGAAAGCUUGUUAGGGGUGGAUUCCCACCCUAA